CCCCCACCAGUCCUCAGUAGCUUGCAGGGCUGGCUUGUCGCGGAGUCCUAGCGAGCGAAGCCGGGGACACGAGGACUGGGUAAUGCGGUCUUUCAUGGAGUUCUCAAAACGUAGGAGGAAAUUCUCCUGGCACGGAAAGCUCCAGACAGCUUGUAACCCCCCUGCAGCCCGAGGACUUCAUGCGGAUGCCAUUGCGGACCCUGAAGGACGCGGAGGGGCAGAGAGGGAAGCAGUCUGACACUCCCCCCCAAGGGAUGUCAGGACCACGGCCUGUUGUCCUGAGUGGACCUUCUGGGGCCGGAAAGAGCACCCUGCUCAAGAGACUUCUGCAGGAGCAUGGCAGCAUCUUCGGAUUCAGCGUGUCCCACACCACGAGGGACCCGAGGCCUGGAGAGGAGAAUGGCAAAGAUUACUACUUUGUGACCAGGGAGGUGAUGCAGCGGGACAUUGCUGCCGGGGACUUCAUCGAGCAUGCUGAGUUCUCGGGGAACCUGUAUGGGACUAGCAAAGCGGCUGUACGAGUGGUGCAGGCCAUGAACCGGAUCUGCGUGCUGGACGUGGACCUCCAGGGUGUGCGGAACUUAAAGAAGACCGACCUGAGGCCCAUCUACAUCUUUGUGCAGCCACCCACGCUGGAAGUCCUGGCACCUCAGGAACAGAGGUUGCGGCAGCGGAACACGGAGACAGAGGAGAGCCUGGCCAAACGGUUGGCCGCUGCACAGGCGGACAUGGAAAGCAGCAAGGAACCCGGUCUGUUUGACCUGAUCAUUGUCAACGACAACCUGGACAAGGCCUACUGGAGCCUGAAGGAGGCACUCUCGGAGGAAAUCAAGAAGGCCCAAGGGACUGGCUGCUCCUGAGGAUGCCAACGGCUGUGUCCUCCCUGGACAGGACCCUGCACCCACCCUGGUGGCCAGGGUGCCCCUUACAAGGUUGGCUCUGCCAGCCUCUUUCUGGGUGCCCCUGAUCAGUCCCACUCUCCUGUGGGAUCUGGGCCCACAUCCUAAUAAAGAGCUGCUGGUUAGAGUGUC